GGCAGCUUGACCGGGAGUAGCCUGGGCGUUCCAUAGCCCCGUAACAUCAGGGGUCCGGGCAGAGAGCUUCGGGCGGCGCGCACAUGGAGGAGUCAGUUUUCCUGGAGAUCAGGCGGAGGAUGCAGAGCGGGCUGCUGAUUAUCCGUGAGCCAAAAGCAGGAAAUUUGCCAGUGGAUAUUACAGUGGCUCCAGGAUCAUUAGAAAUAAAAAGUUGUCAAGCCUGCAAGAUGAUCAGCUUUCCUGCAGAGGUCAGGAUUGUUCCUUCUUCCUGUCGAGGACUACAGUAUAUAGUUGGAGAUGGUUUACAUGUGAGGCUGCAAGUUCAAGCAGAUUCAAAUACAAAAUUAAUUUCAACUUUGAGUGAAAGUCUGAAGGCAAAGAAGAGUUGCACCUUUUACUGUCAAUCUUGUGGUGAAAUCAUAAUAAAAGAACGGACAUUUCUCCGAGUUCUUCCCCUACCAAGUGAAAACUGGAGUGCUUUGGUUGAGGAGUGGUGCUGCCACCCCAAUCCCUUUGCCAACAGUGCUCUUCACCCUCAGAAUAACGACUGUUUUCUUGGACACACUUACUUUCUGGUGAAUUCAGGAAGUGAGUCACAUGUGCCUGGGACUGAAAUAGUCCAUUCAGAGACUGAACAUUCUGCUUCUGAGAGGGGCCCUACCUUGAAAUCAAAAGAAAAUGCUAGAGUAAUUUGUAAGCGCUGCAAGGCAAUGCUGGGAGAGACAGUAUCAUCAGGGACUACAAAAUAUUACGUCACUGAGAUGAUUAUUCAGCAGUCUGGAACAAAUUUUGACAUGAUACCAAGGUCUCAGUUUGUACAGAACAUUAUAGCUCAGUGUCUCGUGGAACUGUCCUCUGCCAGAAGCACAUUUAGAUUCAGAAUACAAGGGCAUGAUGGAAAAGUCUACAUCUUGAUGUGGCUUUUAAAUUCUGACACUUUAUUGGUGGAAUCUAUGGGAAAUUCAGCAUCCAGCAGUGUUUUUACCUUGUUUGAAGAUAAUUUGAGGCCUGAUUCCAGGUCUUCAGGCACAUGGAAUGCAGUCAAAGUUCUUUAUCAUCGCUGCAUUAAAAACAGGAAUAAGGACCUUGCUGAUGAAUGGGAAAAUGAUAUUGGGGUUCAUCCUCUAACAUUUCCAUCAAAAACCUGCUUGGAAUUGUUGUUGAUACUGAGUUUGAGUAAUGCUUGUCUGCCACCCUCACUACGCUGCAUGAACUCCUUCCAGGUUGCCUUUUUGAAGAUGUGAAGAAUCCAGACACAUUAACUGAAAAUUAUUCUCAAGUUAACCUUCAAAUAAAAUACAGAA